AUGGAGCGCGAAACGUUCACUUUCGAAAUGUUCGAGCAUGCCGUUGACGAGUUUGUCGAGUGCGUUCAGGACGGAAUUUCUUGGUAAAUAGUAUUGAAGUAUUUUAUUUAGCACUGAGUAAGGCCUUUUCGUUGCGAGACCCGUUGCUUUAAAAGCGUGCGUAUAACUAGUUAAAGGCGCAUGACUUUCAAGUAUCGGGUCUCGCAACGAACAGAGUUUGGAAUAACUUUUUUUCGGGUUUUUUGUGGAAAAAACUAUUUUUUUUUCUGCGGAGUGAGCCUAUGACGAAAGCUAAUAGUUUACAGCACUUGGAAAAUGAUUCGUGGGGAAAAGGAGCCGAAUUGCGUGCUGCUCCUUUGCAAAUUCGAAUCGGAAGAUAAAAAUAUCGAAAAGUUCCACGCCACUUUCGAGGUGAGAGUUUUCACAAAUUGGUGGCCGUGGCCUAGAAAACAAUAGUGUGAAAACUUCUUCCGCUUUGGUGGCCGAGGUUAUUUCCAGUCCACGGCCAGGCUUCUAUGCAAUCUUAAGUUACUUUUAAUGAAAAAACUGAAAAUGAACGAAAUUCAGGUGAAAUCAUCUCGACGCGGAGUGAAAAAAUCGGAUCGGAACGGGCAGCUCGUAAUUGAGUGCAUUGUGACGCCGAUUUACAAAAAGAAAGAGGAUCUUCGAGUGACGACCAAUUUCUACGAAUCCUAUAUGACCAAUUGCACCCUUCUAGUCGGCGGAAGGGAAAUGCACGUCAAUAAAAUGGUGAGAAUUGGGAAAUUGUCAACAAAAAAUCCAAAUUUCCAGUUCAUUUCCCUCCACUCGGACUUUUUCUUCAAUCUAUUCUCUUCGGACGUCCAGGAUUGUUCGUUGGACGAAAUCCUGAUCGACGGCGUCAAUCCCGAUGAUUUCGCACGUCUUCUCAGUGCGGUUUACCCGAAUCCAGUCCUUCCGACAGGUGAUUUUCGUCUUUUUUUUAAAUGUGCUCCUCAAAAAACAAGUGAUCUUCUAGCUGAAACUGCUCCAACACUUCUGAAACUGGCACAUCAAUUCAAGAUGCGAGGGGUCAUAAAAAUGCUGAGACCUCUGAUGAUUUGCAACAAAACCUUGGAAAUUGGCGAAAAAAUCGCGUUGGCCGAAAGAUAUGAGCUGGAAGAGCUUCUGGAGCACUGCAUCGGCUCGCUGAAGACCGCCAACGACGUCAAGAAACUAAAAAAUGCGCCAGAAUACGAAAAAUUCUCUGAUUCGACCAAAAUCAAAAUUCUCGAUCGAAUUCUUACUGUUUUGUGA